AUUACAUUAUGAUUAACGGACUGCUGCAAACUGACUCUAUACCUGAGGUUGGGGAGGAUGCUGCUGCUACAGUUAGUAUGUCGGAAACGCUGUCAGAAGAAGAACAGGACGAACUAAGGAAAGAACUUGCUAAGGUAGAAGAGGAAAUCCAGACACUCUCACAAGUGCUAGCUGCCAAAGAGAAGCAUCUAGCAGAAAUCAAGAGGAAGCUGGGAAUUAACUCACUGCAGGAACUAAAGCAGAACAUCACCAAAGGCUGGCAAGAUGUCACAUCAACGACAGCAUACAAGAAAACAUCAGAAACCCUGUCUCAGGCUGGUCAGAAGGCCUCUGCUGCCUUUUCGUCCGUUGGUUCAGUCAUAACCAAGAAGUUUGAAGAUGUGAGACUGCAAGCAUUUUCACAUUCCUUUAGUAUACGCUCCAUACAACAUUCAAUUAGCAUGCCUAUUAUGAGAAAUUCUUCAACUUUCAAAUCUUUUGAGGAAAAAGUUGAAAACUUAAAGUCUAAAGUUGGAGGAAGCAAACCCGCUGGGGGAGACUUUGGAGAAGUUCUGAACUCUGCCGCCAACGCUAGUGCCACAGAAACCAUUGCAGAACAGACACAGGAGGAGACCCACUGAGAUUCCUGCCUCUGUCUUGCUACCCACUGCCAGAUGCUGCAAGCAAAACUAAGCACACUUGUAACAUUCUUUGCGCUCUUUCCACCAGAUGUGCUUUUAUUUAGCACAUAGCUAUUUUACCAGAUUAAUUGAUACCAAGCUUGUUUGUGGGUUCAAAAUAUUUUUGAAACUAAAAUACAUUGUUUGGGUUUUUCUGUGGGAAGGGGAAUUUUUAUGCCUUUCAAGCAUUUAAAGGACUUAUCCCUAAUUUGAAGGCAACCUUUAAAAUAUAACAUUGAAAAAACUCUUUGGAGAAGUUAAUUAUAUUGUACAUAUACUGUGGAUACAUAACUUCUUUUCAGUCUGUAACUACUGUUCAGCUUAAUCAUUAUAAAUCUACUGCCAAACUGAAGCUUGUUACUUCACUCCCUUGUGAUUAUUUCAGUUAAGUGUUGCCUACAUGGCACAUCAAACUAGGAAGAUCACUCCCAGCUAAAGAAAGGGCUGCUGCUUCAACAUGCUUUACUUAAGUUAUUCACAGCAGGAUUACAGAUGUGUAGGAAUGUACUGUAUUAAGAGCUUGUUCCUUGUACAACAGAUGUGGAUAGGGUAAUACAUAACACUUGAAAGUUACUGGUUUCUCUGUGGACCAUCCAACUAGGACACUUUCGACCAUUGUAAAUGGAAGCAAGAUGCCUAAUAGUUUUGGUUUGGUUCAGCUACAGUAAGCCUUCCAAUCUCAUGUUCUGUACAUGAUCUUAACGUGUAAAGAUACACUUGUCUGAAACUUUUGAUCAGCUGUGAAUAGAUUAAUCUUAAACUACACAUAAUGGUGUCACAUUUACACUAACAAAGCAUGGAAUGUAGGCAUGAGCCGGACCAUGAGGUUGGGUUGUUUUUUUUUUUUUUCAGUUUUUCUUUUUUGGGCAUCAAGACAAUAGCUCUCAAAUGCUAAGUUUUUCUGUGUAAAGACUGAGCAUUGAAAUGUAGCUCUGCUACAUAAGUCUCUUUUUUUUUUUUUUAAUAUUAAAAGCCUGUACCACUUGUGCCCCUACUCCUAUUUAAGGACACAGAAAUCCAUUCUGAGAGGUGCACCAUGUCAUAUUGCAGUAUAGACAUCUUAAAAGAUCUGCUCUCCUACCUGUUGCUUUUUCCGCUGUGUGUACUCUUGAAAAUCCUUGUAUGUUUCUGGCACAUGGUGUCUGUGAGAUUACAACUUUUUGGCAAAUGUUUUAUCACUGUGCUUAGAACUGGAAACAGAUCUUGAAACGUUUGUGUGAAGUCCAUGAAUGCCACAAAUGUCUGGAGGAAAAAAAAGUACUGGCUCCUGACAACUUUGUUAGCAUGUCAGAUGUAGUGUAUAUGCUCAGUUACACAUGAGAAGCUUAAUAAAAGCCUGUAUGUGGGGAA